GUUACUGUCAGUGCAUCAAGACCAAGCAUUUUUGUGUGCUCAUUUUUAUAAAAAUAUUUUUAUUACAAACGUGAAACAAAGCCGUCGUAUUAUGUCGAACAUGAAAAAAUACGUGCCUAUAUAAGUCGUGAUAUGUUUUAUAGUCUUAUACUUGUCCGAAUACAGUCGACAAGAUCGAAAACUGAAAAUGGAACAAGACGACGAGAUCAAAUCCGGUUGUUUACUAUUUCCACCCGCAGGAGGAAAUGUGUUCAGUAAAUUUCCGAAAAAAAAAAACUGGCAGCAGAAGCAUUGCAUAUUGUUUAAUUCAAGUAAGCAGGGAAUAGAAAGGCUCGAAAUAUACGACAACAAGGACGACGUGACUUCCGGUGCUAUACCUAAAAUUAUAACUCUCGAGAAUUGUAUAAAAAUAACCCAUUCUAGUCCCAACACAAUAACAAUACUUACUAAGUCAUGCACACAACAAGUUUGUGCUCCAUCAGAGCCUGAGACGUUGGAGUGGGUGACGGCACUGCAGUCCAUAGCCUUUAGAGGCAGAGACUCCAGUCCAAUAAGUUGUGAUGAGGAUAAUGAUUUGUAUUGUUCAUCAGGAGAAGGCAUAUUUUCAGUUAAAAUGUGUCCUUCAGAUGCAUCAACUAGAUGUGGUUUUGAGCCAAUUCGUUACUUACUCCUGCUUACAUCUACUGCCAUAGAAUUGAGAGACAUAAAUGAUAAUAAGUUGUAUGCUACAUGGCCAUAUAGAUACAUAAGAAGGUAUGGAUACAGACAGGGCAAAUUUACAUUUGAAGCUGGGAGAAAAUGUGAUACCGGUGAAGGUAUAUUCCAUCUGGAACAUCCAAAUCAAUCUGAAAUAUUCAAAUGUCUGUCUUUGAAAAUGAAAACUAUGAAGCAGAUGAUUGGAAAUGAUAAUCUCAACAGUCCUGAACAUAGUGAAUUUAAUAUACAGACAAGUGCUAACUUACUGCCAGGGUCUAGAAGCCCUUUAGUCGCUGCAAGGCCUGAUGAUCUGAAUUUAAGUUCCCUCUCAUUUAAAACUACUUCGGUUUCCAGCCAACAAAGUUUGCUCUCUGACAGAGACACUGCACCAUUGCUGAUGCCAAAACCUGCACUAAAACCCAAACCACAAAAGCCUCCACGCAAACUAUUGACUGUUCCCAAACCACCAAGCAAAGAUAUUCCAAAUCUAAAUGAUGAUAAUGUUGAAUUCGGUAGAUACAAAAAGCUGGAUAAUUAUGAACCAAUUGACCAAGUGAAGGGGGACCACAGUCCUGUAACUGUGCCAUAUGACAAAGUGGAGAUACGGAGUGAAGCAUGGAAGACAUUGGGUAUUGAAGAGCCUGAUCACCAAGAGUUUACUCGUAACUUGAGUGACAGUUCAAGUUGUAUGAAAUUAAUUUCAAGAUCCCAGGAUAAUUUGAAUAGUUCUGGGCCUGAAGCAUCAAGAAUAAUCCUUUUGCCAAGUCCAGUAGUAGAUCCAGAAGACGAGAACUAUGACAGGUUGCAGUAUUUUGGAUCAACAAGUAAGUUAAACAAGUCCUCACGAUAUAAGAAAAUAGAGGCACGGCCAACUACAUUGGCUUUGAGUGAGGCUAAAUCUAAAGACACUUGGAAUGACUAUGAUGAAGUUGAAAAUGUGAUGCAAACUGCACGAUUGGCGGACGAUUCACAUUUGGGUUAUGGUAUGAUAAGGAAACCGAAUACUCCAGGGCCCCAAGUACCAACAGCUGCUCAAGUCCAGGCAUUACAGAACCAAGUUGGUCUUGAGGAAAUUAAUCAUAACAAUUGCAAUGGGACAGACUAUGCCAUUGUGAGUCGCCCGAAACGUGUAUAAAACAAUCGAAAUUAUUCUAAAGACUGAAUUUUGACAGUGAAUGUUCACUCAGUCAACAAUAUUAGUAUGAUUAGGUAAUUUAGAUUUUGUCAUACACAACAUAUAAAAGACAUUAAGUGCAUACAUAGAUAUUCAUAAACUGCAACUUUCAAAUCUUGUUAUAAAAAAAUAUUUCUGCAAAUAAAAUGGUUUAUAUCUACCAUUUAUUAUAUUGCGUACUUCAGCAAGUACAAAAGUAUUAAAUUAUGUUUGACAAUAUUCAGAUAAGUAUAUUUGUUAUUUCCUUGACAUUUAUGUUAUAGCCAAUGUUAUCCUGAACUUGUUAUUGUAGUAGUGAAUUUGCUUGGGAAUAGGGUACCGAACUAAUUUUUGUUCUUUACAAUAUGAAAUGUUUACGUUGUAUGAAUUAUAACACAGAAGGAAUUAUUAAAAUCCAGUAAAAAAUCGACAAGUUAUAAGUCUUUGAAUGUCUUUGGAAGGGGUAAAUAGCAAGAAACAGAAAAGAGACGAAAUACCCACAUUUGACGUCAUCGGGAAUUACGACGCGUGCGAAAGAAAGAGAUGAAGCGAUAUCCCCACAAUGCGCCCACUUCUGCACGUUACAAUAUUUGAAAUAUGAAUUACUCGCCCAUUUUUUAACCAAUUUAUAUGCAGUUUUCGCAGGAGUGCUUCUUUUUCGUAUUAUUAACCAUUACAUAUAGAAUAAUGAACAAAAUCAAACAUAGGCCAGUACCCUAUUCCCAAUGUAAGCAGCUCUAUUUUUAAUGUAAGGCAAUUUUAAAAUGAUCUUUUAAAGUAUCUGCUACUCAGAUCUGAUGAAGAUGCAUUGAGGCAAUACACAUUUCAAAUCAAAUUCCAAAAUGAGACUGUAAUGCAUUCCUUUUUGUAUUUUUUUACAUUUUACCAUAUAAGAUACUAUGUUAAGGGACCAAUGUAUACUGUACGUAUUUUUAACGAUGCACAAAAUGUUUAUGUAUUAUAAGAGAUUAUUGAGUAUACUGCCUUAGAUUUUGGGAAAUAAAUAGAUUAAAUUAAACAAACUUUACAAUGUACUACAUCAGGAACGAAUUAAUAUUGACUUCCAUUAUAAAAAUAAGUAAUAUAACAAAAAUAUGAUAUUAAAUUUAUUGUGGAUUUUGUUUAAUUUAAUGAUUAUAGAAUAUUUUUUGAUAUCUUACAAUUACAUUAUUUUAAGCGUAUUACUGUUGUGAUUAUAAUAUUGUGCCUUUUAGAGUAUUGAUAUGAUUACCAUUUUGGUGCCAAUUUAAUAUUUGAGAUGUAUAGCUCAUGAGCGGUUCUAGUUAAGCAUAUGUGUAUUUUAUAGCAUAUCAAUAGUGAAAAUUUUGGAGAUUUCUCUUUUGGCCAUAUUAUUUUGUGAUUUUUUUUAAAUCUCUUGUAAUUGUUAUAUUGAUAUUAAUAAAUCAUGUAAUCUCA